AUGUUUUUAAAUAGACAUUUAUUAUGGAGAUCAACUUUUGGAGGCUUAAAGAAGUUAAGGAGGACUACCAAAGACCCUAAUGUCUUGAAUUCCAAGGUAUAUUGGUGUUUUGAACACAAAUAUAUUCGUCGCACAGUACUCUCCUUGUGCAAUAAUAACCCAUUCACUCAUGUUUUUUCCAAGUUAAUAAACCCAGAGAAGGAAUCAGGAUACAAAUUAUCUCACGAACUCUCUCUUCCUGGCCCAUUUACAGGUUUCAUUCCCAUAGAUGAGGGCUUGAGGCCAUUUUUAGAUAGAUUAGAGUCUUCCUAUGAAGAAGCUAUUAUUGAUUUUGUAAGAUCGCAUUUUACUUUGAAUUUAUGGCUACACCGUGACAUUCUGGGCUCACCUACCCAGCCUUGGUUGUUGUACAAUCAGAGCCGCAAAUCGCCUGAAACGUUAACUACUUUGAACAAUAAACGCCUGUUCUUCGAACACGCAGGCGAAUUAUCUAAGGGUGAUAAGGAAAUUUUCGUAAACGGAUCCAAGGUGCUUCGUUGGAACAUGAGGUGCCACAAUGGAGUUAUACACCUAGUAGAAAAGCCGUUGUUUGAAGUGUGA